UUUGGGUUUAACUCUUUAAUGUGAGUUUGCAAAGCGUGGGAAAGUUGUUGGUAGUAAAAGUGCCACGUCUCCUAAGAGGGAGAGUCCUGAGCUUGCCAGAGGCCGUUGUCCCUAAGCCUACAACUGAGUUUUUAACUCUAUGCAGUCGGGGCCUUUUCUCUUUUCGUAGUGACUUCUUUCUAGCGUCAGUAACAUGAGGUUUCUCUUGUGGAACUCGAUCUUGACGUUGUUAAUCACGGCUUUGAGUGGAGCUCUGAUCCCCGAGCCAGAAGUGAAAAUUGAAGUUCUCCAGAAGCCAUUCAUCUGCCAUCGGAAGACCAAAGGAGGGGAUUUGAUGUUGGUCCACUAUGAGGGCUACUUAGAAAAAGAUGGCUCCUUAUUUCACUCCACUCACAAACAUAACAAUGGUCAGCCAAUUUGGUUUACUCUGGGCAUCCUGGAGGCACUCAAAGGCUGGGACCGCGGCUUGAAAGGAAUGUGUGUAGGAGAGAAGAGAAAGCUCACCAUUCCUCCUUCCCUGGGCUAUGGGAAAGAAGGAAAAGGUAAAAUCCCCCCAGAGAGCACAUUGAUAUUCAACAUUGACCUCUUGGAAAUUCGAAAUGGACCAAGAUCCCAUGAGUCAUUCCAAGAAAUGGAUCUCAAUGAUGACUGGAAACUCUCUAAACAUGAGGUUAAAAUGUAUUUAAAGAAGGAGUUCGAAAAGCAUGGUGCAGUAGUGAAUGAAAGUCAUCAUGAUGUUCUGGUGGAGGAUAUUUUUGAUAAAGAAGAUGAAGACAAAGAUGGAUUUAUAUCUGCCAGAGAAUUUACAUAUCUACACGAUGAGUUAUAGUGCUAUCUUCACAUUUUAUAUAGCAUCUAUCUUUAAAGAGAAGGCAAUCGUCUUUAAAGAAAAAAUUUUUAAAUGUUCUGUUUUUGCUUUUUAAAAUGUUUAUAUUAUUUUUCUGGCUAUUAUUUAAAGAACCCUUUAGGGUUUC